AUGUCAACUUCGCUAGAACAGCCACGAGAAUCGAAUGGAGCUGAUGAGAAGCAGGAAGAGCUAUCCGAAGUUGGUGGUCAGUCAGCCGACGCAAUUGUCAGUGAUGGGAAUUUGAAGGAGUCAAAGAAGGGCUUAUUUGGCAGAAGUGCUGAGUUUUUAAAGUCUCCAGAACCAAAUGCGAUGGAAGUCGUUGAAGCAACUGAACGUAAUGGCAAUGUUAAUGAAGCUGUGGAAACCAGCAGUCCUACGAAUAAAAGCAGCGGGGAUUCGACUGAGAAGGAAGUUGAUGAAAAGAAGCUUGGGUCUACUUUACCUGCUGAUGUAGUGCCUGAGUCUGAUGAUAGGGGUAAUGGUAAAGAAAGUGAAUCUGAAGUGCCAUCUAAAGAAACUGUUACUGUUACCGUCACGGUAACUGAAGAGGUCGUCGAGGAAGUGAAGGCUGACGACGUCGAGAUGGCCAGUGAUGAAAAACCUACGAAAGAAGAGGAGGUUGCGAAGGAAGAAGAAGUAGAAGAUAGAGAAGAAGCUCAAGGGACUGAAACUAAAUGUACUACCGAGGAAGGUCAUGCUGAUGGCCCUCCAGACACUUCAAUAAAAGGUCAAGCGCAGGAACCUGGUUCUGAAACUGGUACAAAGAGGUCUAGAAAGUCAAAACAAAAAACUUUCAAAGAAGAGGAGCCCAUGAAUGAAAGACGUCGCAGUCUGCGGACUCCGAAGCCUACACCUGUUAGCAUCCCUCCGAAAUCUGCCACAGAGAAAGUCACCAAGAAGUCCGCUCCUAAAGUAGAAAAGGCAGCUUCAGAAACACCAGUGAGGGGUGGCGGAAGAAAAAGGGAAGAAAAAGCAGCUGAGACUACUCCUGUUAAGAAAUCAGGGUCAAAGCCCAGUUCAGCUAAAAAAUCUCGUUCUUCUGAAAGCGAGAAGAAACCGAAGGCUGAGCAGAAUUCAGAUGCAAAUGAUCCUUUUAACAUAUCAAAUAUUGAUAAUCAUCCAGUUAUUCUUAGUAAUAUACAGAUUCACGCUGCUCAGUUCGGUUCGCUAAAGUUCACUAAAACUUCGCCAGGCACUUCACAGUAUGCUCUGGACCAGGAUUUUGGCAAUUUUAGAAGUCGUUAUGAAAAGACGGAACAAACGGCGGGGGAAAGGCGAUCUAAUUUGACUAAUAUGACACCUCAGAGUACUCCUCGAAAAUCUCUCUCAGAAUUAAGUACGUCAACGAGCCAGCGGCAGGAGUCAGCAAGGAAAGUUAAAAGGGGAGCCAGCGCUAAAUCAGUGAAAGAGUCAGCUCGAGAAGAAAAUGAACCAAUGGACACCAGUGAACCCACAACUCCAAAAAGUGCAAAGAGAAGCCGAGGAGCUGCAAAGACACCUAGUACCGGGAAGAAAUCUGAGACUUCCAGAAAACGCACUAGCAGCAUGAAUGCAACUCCCAUAUCUGCCAAGCAGCAAAAAGUGGAGCCUGAAAUACCGCAUUUAACUCCUGAGGAACAAUUCGUAGUUGAUCAUCGUGAGAAUGAACAUAUGCCUUAUAAACUGGGUGCUCGAGUUUACGCAUUGUGGAACCGUGAAUAUUACUCUGCGGUGAUCACAUCAGAUUUUGAUGCAGCCGGUCGUUACGGAGUAACAUUCGUUCAAGAUAAACUUAUCCGCAAACUCGUGGUCACUGGUAUUAUACCCUUGCAGGCUUUAGUUGGCGGGAUCAAGGUGUAUGCGUCAGACCCAGAAAUCCCGGAGAAAGAUUCUAGAUUAGAAGAGGUUGAAAUUAUUUCUUCUCCUUCUGAAAAAGAUCAUCAGAAAUGGGCAGAAGGCAUUUUUCGAGUCAAGAUUUGUGAAAGUGGAAAGACUUUUGACAUUGCAUGGGAUAAGUUGUGCUUUAGUGCGGAAGAAGCUAAGACACUCCAAACAGCCAAGUUUAACAGUGUUACUGAUGUUAUUGCUGAUAAUAUUGACUCAAAAGAAGGCCGACGUACUAGAGCUUCUCGCCAUUCAUUUGCUCCAGAAGCAGCACCGUCCCCAAGCGUAUCAAGACCUACACCAAAGAGAAGAGCCAACCAUGCUGAUAAACCUUCAGAAGCCCCAACAACAGUAGAAAUAGGCAUGACCGAGAAACAAGUGAAGCAGACGAAAGCAGCAGGAGAUAUAUUUGCAAAUAUUUCCUUCGUUGUCACGUCUGCUAUGCGGAGAAUGAAGGAAGAAGAGCAAGGAGGUUUCAGCAAACGAGAAAUCAGGCAAAUGAUUGAAGGCUGCGGCGGCAACGUUGUUGAGGAUUUUACAAAGAUCCCUGCUGGCUCCAAAAUGUUUUUGAUAGCCGACACUCACUACAGGACACACAAAUAUCUUUCCGCAUUAGCACGAUCAGUUCCGUGUGUUAGCCACAGGUGGAUCCGCGAAUGCGUCGAGAAGGGCGAGCUAUUAGACUAUAAGCCGUACAUGUUACAAGCGGGAGUGUCCCUAUUAACCAACAAACUAACACCAUGGCAUCAGAGUAACAACACAUUGCUGUCAGGAAAACGUAUUUAUAUUUACACGCGCAAUGUGAUUCCAGACGCUUCGGUCCCUAAUUUUGUUCAGAUAUGGUCGCCAUUAGUAGCUGAAAUGGGGGCGACCGUUGUAAGCGAAAUACCAAAAGUCUCGAUAUAUAUUUUUCGUUCAGAUGGAAUAGACAUUCUUCUGACAGAUGCAACGUGUACCGAAGACGUAAUACAGCAAGCUCGAAAAUGUGAUGCAUUGGCUAUUAUCGAGGGUUCUUUGCCGGACCCCAACGCCCAUGAAAGGUUUCGCUACGAUUUUGUCGAAAGGCCAGAAGGGAUGUAA